UUCCGUCCGAUUCGUAGUUUUAAACAUGCUCUCAUAGUCGGUAUUUUCGAACUUUGGCGGGUUUCUUCAUUCAGCACAAGCGAAGCCCUAGAAGCAGAAGAAAAUGGUAAAAUUCUACUGAAUCGAUUCAAAUGUGCGAUAUGCGAGCGCUUCGUACUCUCUACUCCAAUCGAAUGAUUUUCAGUUUCACCAAAACUAGAUUCAUCUCUACUGCUGCUCUCUUAUUGCAUCGUUCCACUCUUAAAUGGAGAUUUCCUAUGAAUCUACGUUACGUGGUCCAGAGAACCAUUCAUUCAAGCAAUCUACGGCACGACGAAGAUUCCAAGCAUUGGUCUAAUCCGAAUUCAUAUUCCGGGGGUGAACUUGGUUCGAGACGCAGAGAUGGAAACCCUGAAGUUUGGUCUGUUUAUGAUCCUGUUGCAGACAAGGUUGUGACGACCAGAAGAGUUGGAUAUACUAACAGUAGGGAAGAAGAAUCGAGUAGCGGAGAUGAAACCCCAGUGACUCUGUCGAGUUUUGAUUCUCUGGUAGGAGAUUUAUCGCCGGAAAAACCUGUGAAUCGAUCGAAGAAUGUAGAUGACCAGUCGGUGAGUGGAGAUGGAACCCCUAAGAGUUGGUCAGGUAAUCAUUCAAGGGGAGAAAAAUCCGCGUCGAAGAAAUCUGCGUCGGUUGUUGAGAACCGAGAUAAAGAAACCGGCAGAGUUUCGUCUGGAUCCAGUUUAAGAGAUCGAGGCAUUAUUUCGAAGACAAAAAAGGGCAAGAGCAGGAUUAACUGGGUCUGCUCAAACUGCGGGGAUUCGUUUUCCCAGUGGUGGGGAACUUGCUAUUCCUGUAAUAAAGUGGGUACACUAGUACAGUUCUCGCAGUCUGAAACCAUUGAGGAUAAGUCAAGGGGGUUUCAGGUAACUGAAAACGCAGUUCGGUCAUGGCUCCCACAUAAGAUAGGUGACUUGCAUCCUCAGAGGUUGACAGACGUGAAGAAGGGUUUAAAUAAGGCCCAAUGGAGAAUUCCUUUGUCCGGUCUCUUUGGAGCUGAAGUUGCUAGGGUGCUGGGUGGUGGUCUUGUACCAGGUUCCUUGGUUUUAGUUGGUGGUGAUCCAGGUGUUGGCAAGAGUACACUGUUGUUGCAGAUUGCUGCAGACCUAGCUGAAGGGGGUGACUUUGGACGGGCAGCUUGUGUUGUGUAUGUCUCAGGUGAAGAGAGUAUUGAGCAAAUUGGGAGCAGAGCUGACCGAAUGAUGAUUGGAACAGAGGAGCUUUUCUUAUAUUCGGGUACUGAUGUCGAGGACAUAUUAGAAAAGAUUCUUCCCCUCAAUCCCCGGGCUCUAAUCGUUGAUUCCAUUCAGACGGUCUAUUUACAAGGAGCGACUGGGAAUGCUGGAGGCCUCGCACAGGUCAAGGACUGCACCUCAGUGUUGUUGCGUUUUGCUAAGAGGACGGAUAUACCUGUUUUGUUGAUUGGUCAUGUGACGAAGACAGGGGAUAUUGCUGGACCUCGUGUCUUGGAGCACAUUGUUGAUGUUGUUCUAUACAUGGAAGGUGAGAAGCACUCAUCUCAUCGGUUGCUUCGUUCUGUGAAGAACCGCUAUGGAUCCACUGACGAGCUUGGAGUAUUUGAAAUGACACAAUCAGGCCUUCAAGCAGUUUCAAAUCCCAGUGAGAUUUUCUUAGGUGAACAGCACUCAGAUUCAGAGGUUUUAGCUGGACUUGCAGUUGCUGUCAUUAUUGAUGGGUCCCGAGCUUUUCUUAUUGAAGUUCAGGCUUUGUGUCUAUCUAGCGCAUCAACCUCAAGGCAUGUGAAUGGUGUCCAACCGGGCAGAGCUGACAUGAUUAUUUCAGUUUUAACGAAGCAAGCUGGUCUAAAACUCCAAGAUAAUGCCAUCUUCUUAAAUGUUGUUAGUGGGGUAAGUUUGACAGAGACCGCUGGGGAUCUUGCAAUAGCAGUUGCAAUAUGCAGCAGUUUCUUGGAGUGUCCCAUCCCCAAUGGUGUUGCAUUCGUUGGAGAGGUUGGCCUUGGUAGUGAGCUUCGUGCGGUACCCCGAAUGGAGAAGAGGGUGAAUGCCGUGGCUAAGUUGGGAUAUAAAAAGUGUGUAGUGCCAAAAUCAACUGAGAAACUUCUUGCUUCUCUUGAGUUGAAGGAAAUGAUGGUUUUGGGCUGCUCAAAUCUUAAAGAGGUGAUCAACGCUGUAUUCAAGCCUUAGCCUUAAAAUAGAUAUUCAAGCACGAUCAUCAUUCUGCCUCUCCUGCAUUAUAAAUAGCUGAAGUUUAUAUAUGACCCAAAUUGUGUUAAUCUGUUGUUUGUUAAUUGUCAUCGAGAAAGACAGGAUAUGGCUGUUGUAUAUCUUUUGUCAAGGGUUCUUAUUGUGGCAUUUUCUGCAACUUUUGCUGUAACUCAAUUAAAGACCAAAAUCAUUGAUAGAUGCAAUAUUGUGCCA